AUGCUGAAAUUGAUUUUUGCUCUUUGGAAUAGUGGCUAUGCUCAUUACACCUUGGGGUCCUUGUUCCUUAUCGUAGUCCUGUGGCAGUUCUGUUAUGGAUUUAGGAAAACAGCUAAGAGCUGCUGCCGGCGUCAGAUUAAAGUCAAAAGGCGUUUCAAAAGUAUGGAACAAAGAGUUUGGCGAUCUUCCCAGAAAGACAUCAAGACCCCCUUGGAACUGUUGGCCAGCCUGAAAAGGCCAACCUGGAUUCCCAAAGAAAGCAACAUUCGGAAGUUGCUGUGUAAGGACCCUGCCUGCUCCAUUUGUAAUUCUGUGGUCUUGGAAACAAAGUUCCUGCUAUCUGGUGAGAAAGAUGCGCACACCCCCCUACUGCUGAACAUAUCACCUGCAUCUUCUUGCUUAGAGGGUAUGACUAUGUCUACUUUUUCUCUUGAUCAAAGUUUGGAUCAAAGCUCAUCUGAGGAAUCCCUGUUGUCCCCACUCCCAGUCCAAACUCCUUUAACUCAGACAGGCUCCCUACCUCCCCCCGGGGUCCCAGACCACUGGACUGACCAACUGGGGAAGAAGCUCCAUGUAACCAGUAUGUCACGUCCCCCCUCUGAGGCCUCUUCUUCCAGUCCAGAGAAACCCAAAGACCCAGCAAUGAAGCAGGAUGCCAGUGAUGACGACGGGGAACAGUCUUUCACGGAGAGUACCAAGACCGAGGCUUUUAAAUCAAAAGACAUCUUGCUGAAUACUGAGUUCCUGCAGUUGACCAAGAACCCUUCAACGUUACAGUCCCUCACGGUUUUGCCCAGCACCCUUUCAUUCCUUAGCCCUGAAGUCCAGACUCUUCUAGAAUUGCACAUUAAAAAGAGAGUGCAUUUCCAGAGAUGGGGUCUCCCCAAGAGAGUAGAAAAAUCACUCAAACAAUUCAUGCCAGACACUUCUCUCUUUUACUGCCCUGGGAAUCGAAGAGUCCCUUUAAUCCCAGAGGAGGUUUCCAACAUACCUGCUGCAGAGAUGAAGACUGCAGCUAACUACCCCUUGGCACAUCGGCCUAGUUGGCCCUUCUUUGGCUCUGACAUGAUCCCUGUAGAUUUGGGGCAAGCCGAGCCGAAGAGAACUUUGGAAAAGUCCCCAAGCCCUGUUAAGAUGGCCCUUCCUCCUCCUUCCAUCCCAGUCUUGAAGAACUUCUGUCCCCUGAAUGGGGGUACUACUGAAGUCAAAAAUAGUUGUGUGCAACAGAAGCACAGCCAACUUUUCUGGGGUCUCCCCUCUCUGCACAGUGAAUCCCUGGUAGCCACCUUCCUGAGGGAUGACUCCUCCUCCCCACCUGUGAAUGACGACAAGUUCUCCACUGUGGACAGUAAUUUCCUCUUUAAUGAGCUGCCACUCAUUCCCUUGCUGCCACAUUCUAUCCCGCCGCCUUCUCUGCCUACCCCAGUCGGAAGCAGCAUCAAAACCCCCGAAGAGAACCAGAUGAAUGUCCCAUUUCUCACCGGAUCUGAAUGUGAAACCUUGGACUGGCAUCUACUCCAGAGACAGUUCCAGGCGCUGUGGGGUCUGCCCCCCCUAAUUCAGAUGCCUCAACCGUCCCAGAGCCCCCCUGAUCAUGAACUCUGUGAGGCAGACCAGGUCCUUAUGCCUCCUUGGCCUAAAAUGAAUGUCUCCGUCCUCACCAGGGAGCUCGUUUUCCUCCCAGACCACACCAGGAGGCUCCUGGAGCUUCAUUUUCAGAGGCGGCUCCUCCGGAACCAGCCGAACCCACCGCAGUCAGUCCAGAAGUCUGUGCCCCUGCUUCUGUCCCCAAUGAACCAGCCACAAGUCCCUGAGAGCACUGCAAUCAAUAUGCACAUGAGACUUCAGCAGAAUGAGAAUCCCCAACUCAAGAUGGCCCACACACCUACUCCAGUGAUGACUCCUUCCCACUUCCUUGAGUCUGAAACCUAUCCCAAAGCUAAGGAGAUUGUGCAGACACACAUGGAGAAAAAAUGCCUACAGAUCAAACAAGGGAUCUUUCCAGACAUCAUAUGCGGGUCAUGGAACAUCGGGAACCAAUUGUCAGUAGGAGACCUUCAUACCCAGAGAACUUUUGGAGCUAUCCACGCCAAUAUGGAGUCAGAAGGCCUGGCUUUCCAGGAUCCAAAUGCAGCAGCAUGGAUGGAGCUGAGCAUGGACCAACAACCACUGACUCCCCUGGUUAAAACCAUUAGGCAGCCGGAUCAGGCUAUGAACCUCCCACAGAGUAUGAUUGAGAAACUGGAAAUGAUUUUGAGACACAAAUACUUGGCUUUCUUAUCAGGAUUACCAGCUCUUUACUAUGUGGCUUUCUUUAGGGCAAUGUCCCCUUUAGCUAUUUCCCAAACUGAAAUAUUUGACAAGGGUCAAGGGGCCGGAAACGAACAAAUGGACCCCACAAGCUGCAGGAUUUGGGCCAAAGGACAAUCAGUUCUCCCCAGAGCUGAGGUUAAUGAUUCCACUGUGAAUUCUGGACACACUGGAAAUGGAUUAUGGGUUUCACAACAGAUAAAAGUCUCAGAGCCAGUACCAGAAAGAGGAGGUGAUAAGAAGAGUCCAGAGGAAAUAGAUGAGCAGAGAGGGUCUGGCUAUCCACAGUGUCCCAACUCACCAAGCAAAUCCAUCGUCUUAACCAAGAUGAAUUCCCACCUGAGGAAGAAGGUGUUGGAAGUAAACCUGGGGAUUCCUCAAAAAGCUACAGAUUCCAGGGAACUCUCUGAAGCUCUAGAAUCCCCUUUACCCCAGCCUUCCUUAGCACACGUUCCCACAGUUGUGAGUCCAGAAAGUCCCAAAGAAGUACAAGGAACUCUCAGCUGCCCCAGGAGCCAAGAGCUCCCAGAAAUGUGCUCAUCACCAGCAGCUCUACCUGUUGAGGUUCCAAGCUGGACAUAUUUUAAGGAGCAGCUCUCCAGUGAGCUGGAGCUCAGUUUGAUGAGGAUAUCAGAGAACCAAACUCAAAGCUGCCCCUCAGCUAUUCCCCAGACAUCCCCUCAGAUUCCAGGCCUCCAGGCCUCCAAGGCUGCCCAGUCACACCCCCAGAAAAAGCCUAGUGGGGACAUGGUUGAUGCACAAGUGCUAUGUGUUCACAUGGAGGCAGAACGGAGCAACCUAGGCCAAGGGGUGUACUGGAAUUUAGAGUCACACACUCCCUGGCAUUGCCAGAACAAGGCUAGAGGCUCAACCCCAAACAAGAUAGAAGGCUCCAAAGGAGAUCAGGGUGGAGGGGAUGCAGAGUGGGGGACCUCUUCUCUCAAAAGAAGGAGCCAUGCCCUCAAGGCCAGAAGGCCUAUGAACAGGACCCACAGAUCCUCAGACAACAGGGACAAUUAUCAUACUCCCCGCCUCCGGGAACUUUGCCAAUCCUUUCCCAAAGCUGAGGAUUUGGGGCCACCCUUUGGAGUGCCAGGGAGGACGGAGGCUGAAGGGGAAGACUAUAAAGGCAGACAAAGGAAGUUGAAGCUCUCAUCUCCAACAAGGGACCCUGAGCAUUCCCAAGCCAGUGGCCCUAAAAGUCCCAUCAAAGUGGCCCAAACAAAAGGUGUGCAGGUCCCAGAGAGGACAGUUUCUACUCCCCAGGAUCAAAACCCUUUAGAAAACAACUUCAGGGAAAAGAUAAAACACUUCUUUCACUGGCUCAGCUUCAGGAAAAAACUUAGGAAUCAGAACACAUCGGACAUCUUCUCAAGGGUUGAGGCUACAUCACCCAAAAACGAUAUUCCUAAGCCAGUCCUGAUCUCAGCCAAAGGAUCCACAAGUAAGGGACAGAAAGUCAAAAAGAAUGUGGAAUUCAAGGAGCACUACUACCCAUGCACAAGUAAGAACCUUCUGGGCAGCACUGAGCCUCCCCCCACAAGUCAGGUUCAUCAUCCUAAUUGCCGAGAGAGCCGCCACCUCUGGAACACGGAACUCUGCCGGCGCUCCAGUAGCUGUUCAGACACAUCCAUUCAGCAGCAAAAUGACUCUUCUUCCCUCUUGCCUUCUGAGAAAAACAUUUGCUCCCUCAGAAAAAAAACCCCAUAACCAACAGAGAGAGUGAGUUCAUUCUCAUGAAUGCGUGCUCUCUGAUGAGGACCAGUAUUCAUUUUCAUUGAUGAGGGGCUACUGUCUUCCCCAAAUAUAUUCUAUUCCUCUAAUGAGAGCACAGAGUCUUCUAUCCUUUUACCCACCUACCUCCCUACUCUGUUGUUUGGGGCUUGUGAGGAAGACUCUAGAAAAGCAUGAAACAGGAAAAAGAAAUCAU